AGUGACGUUUGGAAAGACUGUAGCAGGCUGCCAGGACUGCCCAUUUUUGUAGGGAAAGUCACGUUACUGUGUCUGAAGCCGUUGGUUUCGAACCGCCUGGCUCUGUAUCUCUAGCUAUUAUCUUUAAAAUGUUAAUACAUUUCCUUGAGAUAUCAAUUUUCCAAUAUUUGUAAAUGGAUAACAUGGUUUAGCUUGAACACGAGGAUUACACGCGGAAACCAUCUAUCAAAAGAUUUCAGACAAAAUUGCGGAGUUCCUCCUAUGGAUGGUGGAGCAAUGAGCUUCUGAAAGACACUUGAUCACAUGGCUCCUAUCCUGCGCUGACCCCAUGGUUUAACCGCCAGGAUUAAAAAUGAGCAUUAGCAGUGAUGAGGUCAACUUCCUGGUGUACAGAUACCUGCAAGAGUCGGGCUUCUCCCACUCGGCUUUCACCUUUGGCAUAGAGAGCCACAUCAGCCAGUCCAAUAUCAACGGAGCCCUGGUGCCCCCUGCUGCCCUCAUCUCCAUCAUCCAGAAGGGCCUGCAGUACGUGGAGGCGGAGGUCAGCAUCAACGAGGAUGGCACUCUUUUUGACGGGCGGCCCAUCGAGUCGCUGUCCCUGAUCGACGCGGUCAUGCCCGACGUGGUGCAGACGCGGCAGCAGGCCUACAGGGAAAAGCUGGCCCAGCAGCAACAGGUGGGCAGUACCAGCGGCACCCAGGGCCUCCAACCUGGCGGUGCCAAGAACGGAGAGGGAGGCACCGCUGCCAACGGCGAGGAGAACGGGGCCCAUGGCUUAGCCAACCACCAUGCAGAGAUGGAGGUGGACCAGAAUGUGGCGAUCCCCCAAAACAAGGCCAUGGUGCUGAGGGGCCACGAGUCAGAGGUGUUCAUCUGUGCCUGGAACCCCGUUAACGACCUGCUCGCCUCUGGGUCUGGGGACUCGACGGCGCGGAUCUGGAACCUGAGUGAGAACGGCAGCUCCACGCAGCUGGUGCUGAGACACUGUAUACGGGAGGGAGGCCAGGACGUACCCAGCAACAAAGACGUUACCUCACUGGACUGGAAUAGUGAGGGUACGCUGCUAGCCACAGGUUCGUACGAUGGCUUUGCCAGAAUAUGGACUAAAGACGGUGACCUCGCCAGUACCUUGGGCCAGCAUAAAGGUCCUAUAUUUGCCCUUAAAUGGAAUAAGAAAGGAAACUUCAUCCUCAGUGCAGGAGUAGAUAAGACCACCAUCAUUUGGGACGCUCACACAGGAGAGGCCAAGCAGCAGUUUCCCUUCCACUCUGCGCCGGCCCUGGACGUGGACUGGCAGAGCAACAACACGUUUGCCUCCUGCAGCACGGACAUGUGCAUCCACGUGUGUAAGCUGGGCCAGGACCGGCCUGUCAAGACCUUUCAGGGACACACGAAUGAAGUGAAUGCAAUCAAGUGGGAUCCCACGGGGAGUCUGCUGGCCUCCUGCUCUGACGACAUGACACUCAAGAUUUGGAGUAUGAAGCAGGACUCGUGUGUCCACGACCUGCAGGCCCACAGUAAGGAGAUCUACACCAUCAAGUGGAGUCCCACGGGGCCUGGGACCAACAACCCCAAUGCCAACCUGAUGCUGGCCAGCGCGUCGUUUGACUCGACGGUGCGUCUGUGGGAUGUGGAGCGAGGCGUGUGCAUCCACACGCUCACCCGCCACCAGGAGCCCGUCUAUAGUGUGGCCUUCAGCCCUGACGGGCGCCACCUUGCCAGCGGCUCCUUCGACAAGUGUGUCCACAUCUGGAACACACAGACGGGUGCUUUAGUCCAUAGCUAUAGGGGAACGGGGGGCAUCUUCGAGGUGUGCUGGAACGCCACGGGCGACAAGGUGGGAGCCAGUGCAUCAGACGGAUCGGUUUGUGUAUUAGAUCUGAGGAAAUGACGCUCGUUUGGGGAGCCAUGGACCGACUACGAAUGUGUACAUAGCCAAAAUGACUGUCCCUGCCUGUCGUCUACACUGCUGUAGUCCCAUCAGAAGCCAUGGCCUGCCAUCACAACCACCACCACAGACGGAGCGCCCAACACCCACAUAAACACUUAAACUACACCUCCAGAGAAGGGGUCAAACUAACCUCCAGUGAAGGGGGUCUGCCCCCCCCCCCCACCCCACCCCACCAAGUCACUCAGACCCACAGGAGAGAGAACUUACUUUUACGUUCAGAGAAUUUAAAAAAUCCCAAAGGGGACCCAUUGCAUACAUACCAAAAUCUACUAUUUUGUUUACUUUGUUUAUUUUUAUCCUUUAUACCAGAAAUUAGACAUGUCUUUUCCUCCCUCACGUCGUUGGUGUGUGCAUAUUGUACAUGUCAGCGUGUUUUGUCGUCCUUUUGCCGUAGGUUUGUGUUACAUGUCGGGGAAAGAGUGGAGAGGUCAGUAGGCUUUUUGUUUAUUUUACCAUUUGGUUGUGAAACUGUUUAUUGGGAGAAAUCCAUUCACUUUGGCACUGUACUUUUUUUUUAUGGCUCAAGAAAACAUUGAACAAAUCUAUAUUUCAUAAGUUGAAAUGGGUUAAUUGUAAUUGUAAUUUUGAAGCUUCUUUUUCAGUUUGCCCAAAAUUGUUUGUUUCAAAUUUUUUUUGUUUUUUGUCAGAGAGCAUUUAGUGAGGACGAAUGUCCAAUCUCAUUUUGCUUGUUUACUUCGAGCAAUGGUUUCAGGUGUGAAAACUGUUAGAUCUCUGGACUAAAGAUCAUCACCGUUAGCUACUACAUAACCCCAUCCUGUCAUAUUUUAAGGACAUGUUUAGGUUUCAGUGUUAUGUAGAAGGAAAGGCUGAUCGUCCAUCUGUGCCUCCGUGGCUCUUUUAGCCAGAACACAGGAAUGGCAGUGCUUUGGGUAGCUCAUGAAUGAAUGGGACACAGGACAACCCCCAUACAAACGCCCACGUCAAAGUUAGCCGGGAGUUUUCAUACCCAAAAUUGGUCAAACAUGAGAUUUUGUCAACGUUCCGAGACUACUUUUGAGUCGUAACUUCUGACCAACUUUGAUUUUGGAGUGAACCAUUGUUUCAAGUGUUCUGUUUGAGGACGCACUGCUGCGUCUGCUCUUAGGUCAUUGUGGAUGAUUGAUUUUCUACCCAGCACCAACACUUGGGAGACAGGCUGUGUCAAGGCCUGUGCAUGGAUAGAUGGUGCUUUUUUUCUUUUGUGGUGGUCAGAAGGUGAUGUUUUCUAGGCAGGGAGAUGAGAACCGGACUUUGGAACAUAUGACUUGACGUAACAUUCUAACUACAUAUAAUAUAUAUCUAUAUAUAUAUAUAUGUGUGUGUGACAUCACAGGGGAUUCUUUUUGUAUGGCUCUUGUAUGCAAGGCUGGUUUUGAUAAAUUCUCCAUAACUCAAAGACACGCUGGGAAAUGUGUUAUUCUUAUGCAUCAUGUGGCUCUUUCACCAUGAGAAAUGGUUCUUUAUAAAAUACCAUUAAACGGUCAUAGCUGUAAAAGAGCAGCCCUAAGAAUGGGUUUGUUUUAAGUUAUUUUCUGCACUUAAGAAUAAUGCAAAACAGGGACAUGUGUUCAAGCAAUGGUUGGUCAUUUCCAUUUGGAUUCAUUCUGGAAGUGAACUCCCAAUUCAAGAAUUUGAAUAAAAUAUGAAUUGAAAAUAAAUGGCAACUUUUUUUCCCCCGUUAUUGAAUUGGAAUUUGAGCACUUUAAAUGGCUUUGACCACCAACCCUGGUUGGUACUUUCAGACGCACGAUAAUCCUGUUACUUUAAUAUCUCUCCAGUAGCUGAACGCGUGAAAAAGCGAGGGACAAUAGUAGUUUCUAAACUGUUGACUUGUUGGGUACACAUUGGAUCCAACCCAACUUCAUGGCAUUCCAACAUACCAUCUCUUAGCCCUAGCUAACAUCCAGUGGCUUUAAAAACACCCGUGUUUUAUUUAACAACAAAGAAAUAUCCAAAAGCCUCCUUUGCUCAGAAAGAAUGUCACUUGUUUUACAAAUGCAUUUUGUACAGAAGCUAGCUAAGAGUAUUUUGAAGUUUGCUUAAAAUAUAACCAACAGUGAGUGGAUCGUACCAUGAAGACUAUUAGGAAGUCUGACAGUGGAAUGGUAUUUUAUAAUUCUUGUUUUAAAAUGAUCUUUUUACACUGCAUUCAAGUGUUUGCUAUUUCUUGUUCCUACCUACAGUACUAAUUCUAUCUUUGCUAUGCCUAAAAAGCACUUGAAAGUUUUGUACUCUUGAAAAACUUUUAUAAUUAUGAUUUAUUUGUAGCUAUGUAUGCAAAAAUGAACAAGGACAAUAAAUCUAAACUUUAAUGUGGAUGUAUCCAUAACACCCUGGACCAUGUAGGUAAAUACCAGUGUGCAGAUUUUUUUGGUUUUAGUUUAAUUUUGUCUUUGCCCUCACCCAUGUUAUUUUCUCUCACUUACACAGAUGCUGAGACUCUGCAACCUACGCAUCUGACUGUUGUAAUAUCAAUCAGACCUUUGAAACGUCUAGAAUAAAACAUCUAUUUUGAUAA